UGAGAGGCAUAAGUACUAUAUAUACCUGCGGGUUCCAGCGAUAGGCACCACAAUCAACAUCCGCUUUACCUCUGGCAAUCAUGAAGAAGCUCCUGGUGUUCCUCAGCGCCCUCCUGGCAGUCAAUGCUGCUCCUCAGCAGGGAUACGUCCUUUCAGGUCCCCAAGGGUCCUUUGAUACUAGGAGUGGUGGGGGCCCAGCAUUUGGGGAGGCAGUCUCUCAGCAGCACCAGCAACAGCAGUUUUCACCAACUGGCUCGUCUCUUCCAGCGACAUCACAACCAGACAUCUCUGGACAGUUCCAGGCUGGGGCCUCCAGCCAGCUGUCAGGUAGUUCGUUUUCCAGACAAGGGCAGUUCCAGGCUGGAGCUUCAAGCCACCAGUCAGCAGGUGGCUCGUAUUCAGGACAAACUGACCAGUCCUUCCCAGUUUCAAACGAGCAGUCAUUUACCGGUCAAGUAGCUCAAGUCUCGACUGCUGGAGCAUAUCAGCCAUCUUCCAACAUUCAGUUAUCUCAGACUCCUAGCCAGCAAAUAGAACCUUCACCCCAAUUCCAGCCUAGCCAACAUACAGUGACUUCAGGCCAAUUCCAGUCCACUGGCUUGCAAGAGAACUUUGUUCGUGGUUCUUCUCAGGGGGUAUCUAGAGCCGUUGGGUCCGAAGGGGGCUGCCCUGAUGGUCAAACACGCCACGUUGAUGGCAGGUGUGUCACGCCCGAAGUGAUGCGCCACGUCUUUGUCUACGCCGCGCCGGAUAUCCCUCACAGUGGCAACGUCGACAAAGCAAACAUUCCCUUGCCCAAGGUAGAACACAACAUCGUGUUUAUCAGAACUGACGAGCUAAACAGUAGGAAUGACCCCAUCAUCAUACCGCCACCGCAGAAGAAGCACAUUAUCUAUGUCCUCAAUAAGGAAUCGCAGUUCGGAGGCCAGAAGGUGAUUCAAGUUACCACUCCUAAGCCCAAGCAACCCGAGGUAUACUUCGUCAACUACGCUGAAGGUCAGACGCCCACGCUCCCCGACGGAACAGAUUUUGAAACCGCUCUCAAAUCGGCUGUGCAAGCAGAGAGUCAAGUCAUUGAUGGAUCCAAGGGCUUUGAUGGUCACAACGAGCAGACUACAAAUAUUGUUUCUAAUGUUGGAGCUUCUGUCUUCAGUAGUGAAGUAUCCAGCGGAGGAUUUGAUGCUAACAUUGUGACUGGAUCAAGCAGCAGUGAUAGAAGAAGCAAUUACAAUAACCAGUUCACCGUAAACUCUGGUUCCCCUCCUCGUUUUGGUAAGGGAAUAAGCAACGCAGUUUCUAAUACCAACAGUGACAUUGCACCCACCGAGGACAUUAAAAGCAACAUCCAGGACCAAGAUUUUUCUGCAAAUGCUGAAGGAACAUCUGAAUUUAACAAUGAAGUGAUCGAUGUUGGAUUUGAUACCACUCGUGCCAGUAGUUCUUCCAGCAACAUUAGGGGCAACAUUAACAACCAGGAGUUUGCUGUGAAUGUUCAAAGCUCUGCAAUUGGAGUUCCUCUACCUGCCAGUAAUGAAUAUGGCGUCAAUACUGCUGAUUCAUUAGUCCAGGAAAACCUCCCCAGCAAUGAUUUCGGUGUCGUAGUAUCAGACAGUAUCAGCGUCAGCCCUGAUCCCGGUAGCAACACUCUACGUAGCGGUUCUACAAACACCAACGACUUGAGAGUCAAAAACUCUGGAUCUUCUGCCAAUAACGCUGUACCAGACAACAGCCUAUAUGGCAGGAACCAAGGACGUGGAAACGCCGUAGCCACCUUCACUGCCAAUAUUGGUUCAGAAGCCACCUUCUCCAACAGUAACCUUGGUACUGAAGGCACCUUCUCCAACAGCAACCUUGGUUCAGAAGCCACCUUCUCCAACAGCAACCUUGGUUCUGAAGCCACCUUCUCCAACAGCAACCUUGGUUCUGAAGGCCCCGUUUCCAACAACAACUUUGGUUCUGAAAGUACCUCCUCCAACAACAACUUUGGUUCAGAAGCCCCCAUCUCCAACAACAACUUUGGUUCUGAAGGCACCUUCUUCAACAGCAACUUUGGUUCUGCAACCACCAAUUCCAAGAACAACUUCGGUUCAGAAGCUCCCAUCUACAACAACAACUUUGGUUCUGAAGGCACCUUCUCCAACAGCAACUUUGGUUCAGAAGCCACCUUCUCUAAUAACUUUGCCUCCGCUUCUGUAAUAACAUCAGGUGUCCAGGAUAACAUCUCCAACUUCAAUGCUGUCAGACCUCCUGUCAGCGCCACUGUUUCCAACAACUUUGACAGCCAUAGUGCUGGACCCUUAGCCUCCUCUUCUGGCGCCCUAAGAGAGACAACUGUUUCUGCCAACAGUUUCCAGGCAUCCUCAGUAAGGGAGGACGUUCCACAAACUGCCUACAGCGCGCCUUGAAAAGGCCAGUUUCACUCAACAGAUUAGUUUUUCUAAUCUAUACUUUUGAUAGUUUUUUGAGGUUUUGUUAGUUUCAGUAUCUUAUGUUUAGGGUAAGAUAACUUUUUUUACCUAAUGUUUAAUUAAUAACAGAGUGCCAAUGUAUUUUUUGAUAUAAUAAAUUCUCAACGUCAAGAAAGAAAA